AUGAAUGACGAGAAUAAAUAUUCCCACAAACCCAAGGUUUUUAUUUUACUGUUGCUGUCGUUUGUCGAGCGCAGAAAGACCCUUCAUGCCUUUGAGAACAGAUUUCCGUGUCUGAGAGGCAGGUUUGGCAUUGUGGUCCCCCUUGACUUCAUGAGCUCUCUGGAGAACCGAUGGUCCUACGCUUUCGCUUUUGGUGCCACAGCACCUCUGAUAUUUCGUUUAUUCUUUGGCUUCAAUCCAUUCCCAUUCACACCACCACGCUGCCUAAAAGUGUUUGUGUACUUGAUAUUAUCUAUGGUGGUGGGCAUCGUCUGCAAGCCGUUCUUCGCCUGCCUUUCAACGCCACACAGAAUGCUCGGUGGUGUUCUGGGCCUGCUGUAUACACUCGCCUGGUUUAUUGUGCAGCUAUGGGAUUUAGUCUGGUGUAAGGCAGCAUCAACACUCAAUGAGGAGGACUUGUUUGGUUUUUUGAUGCAGUACGAGUGGUUAUUUGAUGUUCCAAAUUUACUGUCUUUGGGGUUCCUGUUCCUCCGAUUUGGCUUCAUGAUAGUGAAUGAUGUCCUGAUUCGUCUGAAGAAACACAGCAAUAAGGAGGAAGUAAAGAAACAUCAGUACAUAUAUGUUCAGACAUUACUGCGACAACCUGCUAAAGUGUCUGUGCAGAAAAGCUGGAUUCAGAGGAAAGUGUACGAGUGGGAUCCAUAUUUUAAAUUCCCAAAUAGGAUCAUCGCCACUGUCGUGCUAUCCUUCCUUGGAUUAUACCUGAUUGUGUUGGCUGAGCAGAUCUUUUCUACAUGGUGUAUUAAGAUGAUACAUGGACCGUGGCUGGAUUUUAUAUACACACACAUCUUUGCAUAUGAGCGAACUUGGAAAACUCACCUGAACUAUGCAACAUAUACCUGGUACAUUACAUCAGUGUGUGCUGCCAUCUCAUCUGUCAUUCAUAUUAGUCAUGUGAUGGUGUAUUACAGGAAGCACAUUAAAUCAUUGUGGGCUGGAGAGAAACAAUAUCUGCCGAAGACAUUCAAACCGAGACCUGCUGUUAGUCUGGCAGGACUUUUGAAGUGUCCCGGCUAUCAGAUUGCUUUCACUGUGUGGGGUUAUCUGAUCGUUCACUUGGCGAUGUUCACAGCUGGAAUGAUGUUUGUAUAUCUGGUUAUAUUUCCGAUCCGGGAAAAUGGCUUCCUCUCCUGGCUGCUCAACCUGAUUACAUUUUUGGCACAUUUCUUAAUCCUGUUCACUCUGAUGAAGCUUCAGCGCAUUGUGAUCAAGUGGGUUUUCCUGCAAGACAAAAACUCACCUCAUGAUAAAGAGAAACCCCUGGCACUCAAUAACAGGUCUACCAUCCUCCACAGGAAAGCUUUCCACACCUUUAACUACUACCUCUUCUUCUUUAAUGUGAUCCUGGGCUUGGGGAGCUGUGUGUUACGGUUAAUCAAGAGUGCACUCGUGGCUUUGAUGCUCGUGUCACGUAUUGAGAGGACCGUAAUGACUCAGGGCUUCGAGAAGUUAGAUGCAAGCCACUGUACAUGGGUGGGAAUGAUAAUAACAGAUCAUCAUCACAAUAAUCCAGUUCUGGUGUGUUUCUGCCACCUGCUGGUCAAACACAGCCUGCUGAGUGUUCAGGUGGAUGUAAAACCAGUCUGUUCAGCAUUUCUGGCAAAGAAACGAGCUGGUAUUCGUUGGGUUCUUGUGUACACCCUGCUGAGGAACCCUACAGUCAUCCUGCUGAGGAAGAGACACAGGAAUGCAAAGAGGGAAGAGCUGGAGCACGCUUUUACCUGGGCUAUGAUGACACACAGAGGGAAUAAAAACACGAUAAAAAGAUGGCAGUAUGAAGAGAAAUGGGUUGCUGAUGCCCAAGAUCAGACUCUUUAUGUUCUGGGUCACGGCACCGAAACCUAA